GGACAGGGGCUGGAACUUUCCCAGACACGCAGUUCAGUCGAAGGAACUUUAACAGGGGGCUGCAACCAGUACAUUUAAAGAGUACAUUUUACCCUUCAGAUUUGCCUUCAUAAUACCAGAGAGAGGCUGUACAAUCCUCGGCAGUGUUCUGAGACUGUAUAGCCCACCCUAACCUGGUAUAAGGACUUUCUCUCAGUUGCAAUAUGGACUUGGCUUGAAACAUACAAACAAGUCAUUGAUUUUUUUUAACCGUUAGCGAGAAUAUUUCUGUAUUUUCUUCACAAUUACAGCCUAGCUGUUUUGUGCGUGUUUAAAAAAAACAAUUUGUAAAAAUUACCCGAAAACACUGGGACUUUGCGGAGGACCCACGAGGAAUAGCGAAAGGACAUUUGACAGAGGAAAACAAUAUGACUGCUGACAAGGAAAAGAAGAGGAGCAGCUCAGAGAGGAGGAAGGAGAAGUCGCGGGACGCGGCGCGGUGUCGGCGCAGCAAGGAGACGGAGGUGUUCUACGAGCUGGCGCACCAGCUGCCCCUCGCCCACAGCGUCAGCUCCCACCUGGACAAGGCCUCCAUCAUGAGGCUCACCAUCAGCUUCCUGCGCACACGCAAGCUCAUCUCCGCCUGUUGUCCUGACAACGAUACAGAGGAGGACAGACAGAUGGACAGCCUUUACCUCAAGUCUCUGGAGGGCUUUGUCACUGUGGUAACAACCGACGGGGACAUAAUCUUCCUGUCUGAGAACAUCAAUAAAUUCAUGGGUCUGACACAGGUGGAGAUGACGGGGCACAGCAUCUUUGACUUCACCCACCCAUGUGACCACGAGGAGAUCCGCGAGAACCUCAGCUUCAAGACAGGAGCGGGGUUUGGGAAGAAGAGCAAGGACAUGAACACAGAGCGAGACUUCUUCAUGAGAAUGAAGUGCACCGUGACAAACAGAGGCCGCACCGUCAACCUUAAAUCUGCCAGCUGGAAGGUCCUGCACUGCACCGGACACCUGAAAGUGUACAACAGCUGCGCCCCUCGAAUUCUGUGCAGCUACAAGGAGCCGCCCCUCACCUGUGUGGUGAUGAUGUGUGUGCCCAUCCCCCACCCCUCCAACAUCGACAUGCCGCUCGACAGCAAGACCUUCCUGAGCCGACACAGCAUGGACAUGAAGUUCACUUACUGUGACGACAGGGUGCAGGAGCUGAUGGGGUACAGCCCGGAGGAUCUGCUGGGCCGGUCCGUGUAUGAUUUCUACCACGCGCUGGACUCAGAAAGUGUGACCAAGAGCCAUCAGAACUUGUGCACCAAGGGCCAGGCUGUGAGCGGACUGUACCGCAUGCUGGCGAAGCACGGCGGCUACGUGUGGGUGGAGACUCAGGGCACCGUCAUCUACAACAGCCGCAACUCCCAGCCUCAGUGCAUCGUGUGCAUCAACUACGUCCUGAGUGACAUUGAAGACAAGUCAAUGAUACUGUCCAUGGAUCAGACGGAGUCCCUGUUCAGGCCCCACCGCAUGCUGGGGAUGAACGGCCUGUUCAGGCAGGUCGGGGCCACCUCACAGAGCGAGGCGAGCAACCUGCUCUUCGCCAAGCUGAAGGAGGAGCCCGAGGAGCUGGCCCAGCUCGCCCCGACACCCGGGGACAGCAUCAUCGCCCUGGACUUCGCAGGAGGACCACCGUUUAAAGAGCAGUACGCCAAGGUGUCCUCUAUGCCCCCUCCGGCCAGCAGUCCCUGGGCCAAUGAGGCGUCCAAGGCCAACCCUGCCAGCGAGAUGCCCAAAAUGGCUGCCACCUUCUCAGUGCCCCAGGCUCCACCCCCUGGCAGUGCCACACCCAGUCUGAGCAGUUGUUCCACACCCAGCAGCCCAGGGGACUACUACAGCUCCGUGGACAACGACCUGAAGGUGGAGCUCACAGAGAAGCUGUUCGCAUUGGACACCCGUGAGCCUAAGAGCCCAUGCACCUCUAAGAUGGACCUCAGUGAUCUGGACCUGGAGACCCUGGCCCCCUACAUCCCCAUGGACGGGGAGGACUUCCAGCUCAACCCAAUCUGCCAGGAGGAGCCCCAGGCUGAGGCACCCAACACCCAGCACAGCUUCAGCAACAUAGCCAGCCUGUUCCAGCCGCUGGCCUCCCCCCCGCCCAGCCACCUCCACCCGCCCAUCCAGGCCAUGAGCGACAAGAGGACUCCAAACUCCGCCUCGCUGGAGCCACGCCCCAACCUGCCCUACCCCUGCCCCGUGGCGAUGCCACCCUACCACAGCCUGGCCAGCACCCCCCUGUCCUCCAUGGGCGGACGUCAGAGCGUACAGUGGCCCCCCGACCCCUCUUUACGCCAGUCCUCUUCAAAAAGGGGCAUGGGUGACCCCAUGGCCGGCGGCCAAGUGUGCCAAAAUCUUCCCUCUCAGCGCCUUGCCCUCCACAAGCAAAGAUCCAUGGAGAACUUUGUCCAGGCGCACAGAGACAUGAGUCCAGCCCGGAUUGCUCUGGCUAACAGCUUCAAGCGCAAGAGACAGCUUGAGUUUGAGGACCAGCGUGCCUUCACACAAAUGAGUCUGGAGGAGGCGCCCCACGGCAAGACCUCAGAGAUGAUGUGGAAGCGGAUGAGGAAUGAGAGCUGUGCUUUUGUAGACAGGAAGUGCCUGAGCACCGGUGCUCUCACAGAUAAAUUUGCGGGUAUGCAAGGUGGCGUAGACCAGUGCCUCAGCCCUCUGCAGCAGCGCAGGAAAAGCCAGUACCUUGGAGCCGUGAGCGCAGAGCCCAAAAAAAUGUUUCUGGGACAGAGCUAUGCUUCCGGCUACCGAGAGUACAGCAUGUUGCCCUCUCCUAAAAUGGAAGGCAUGGCGAGCCGCCUGAUUGGCCCCUCGUUCGAGUCGUACUCUCUGCCGGAGCUGACCCGCUACGACUGCGAGGUCAACAUCCCGCUCCAGGGCAGCCUGCACCUGCUGCAGGGGUGUGACCUGCUGAGAGCCUUGGACCAAGCCACUUAGGCCCAGCCAGGCGACGGCCAGCCACGCCCUGGUCCAUAAGCUAGCCGCCCUACGUGCAUGUAUCCUAAAACAAGAGCCACUUCUGCUCUGUUUUGUUGUCUUUAUUUUUCUAAAUUAUAUUCGUACUGUACAUCUUUCUCUCGUUUUUUUUUUCUUUUGCAGUUAGACUAUUUCCAAUAUUAACCCAAGUUUUUUUUUGUUUUAACCUUUUCGGUGCAUCCUGACACUGUUCUACUACUCACCCCAAAUCCCUGCCUUCAUCCAACAAACCCCUGACCUGAAUGUUACCACUUCAGUCACUUUGCUGGUUCUCUCUGCCUGUCUCUCGCUGUCAUAGAUUCAACACAUUUAACGUUAAGGUUUGUUUUUAAGCUCCAGACUGGAGCACACACGAGUAGACAGUCUGCUUUUGUUUGAUCUACUGUAUAACUAUUUUAUCUAUUUUGAAUAAAGGAUUUGCUUUUUUCUUUGGGAAAAUCCUCGCUGUUUUUCUCGCUCCUCUCUCUCUUGUGCGCUUACGUCCUGCCCUCUUUCGCCUGUCUCUCUUUUGCCUUCUCUCUUUCCUUCCGGUGCCCUGGCCUGAUGGAAUUGGCAUGGAUGGUGGUGAUACCUUUCAGGCCGUCGCUGUGUAAAUCUGCCGCUCCCCUUUCUGACUUUGUUCGCUCCGUAAGCACUUUGUAGGGAUGUUGAAUGAUGUCAUGUCUCACGUAGUCCUGGUAGUCACUAGUCCCACGCUACCAGCCUUUAAAAGGAUACUUACGCCAAGGAUCACACGUCAAGACUACAGCCUGCCGUAGGGCUCCGCCCCUUUUUAACCCUUCGCCACAUCACGGCACAGCUACUUCAUGAACAUUGGAAGCUGCUCUUGCCUUUCUUUCUCUCUCUGUUUCUCUCUUCUUUUUCAACCAUUGUUGUCUAACUGCUUUGUGUGGUGGCCACCGCAGUCACAGAUAUAUAUAUACGCAGACAUAUGUAUUCAGUGUAAGAAGCUCUAGAAUUUCUAUGAUAUUGUCUACAAUAGUGUUUAGUAUUCAUGUGCCUUGGUACUUUGCCUUAUCUACGCUGUAGAUUCAUUGGAUUCUUGUUAUCUUUUGAUGUUUGACGAGUGGAUAUUUUGUUUCCAAAGUGCUGGUUUCUCUUUGUGUUUUAAGUUGCCUCCUUCAGAGUAUAUGCAAAACAUUCAUAACCGUGACAUCACGCCAAUGCUGUCAAAUGCUCUACAUAAAAAUAAAUUUUAAAAACUGUUGAAAGAUGAAAACAUAUACCUUGUGUGUCCCACUUUUGACAUGUAGCAGUUUCUAUGUUUUAAAUGACAAAUGACACGCAAAAAUUAAAAAUAUCACUUGCAAAAAUAUUUUUAAAAGUGAUGGUGCUUCAUAGAUAUAUCCAACUGUGUUUUUUUUUUUUUUAAUAAACAAUUUUAUAAAGUUUCUGGGAUACACUUUCAUUAACACUGUAUUUUGUUUUUAUGUGCUGACGUUGUCUUUAAAGUUGCUUUGAUGAGGUUUAAGCAUUUCCCUGUUUCCCCGUUAAAUCCUUUAAGUGUACAGUUUAUUGUUAAUAGGAAUUCUCUGUAGCUUUAGAGUCUUAAAGCAUCGAAUGAACAGCAGCACCGCUCCUAAGCCAUGAUGAAAUAAGCAGCAGUUAACAGGCAGAAAACCCAGAAUAACAGAUCAGCUAUCUGCACAAUCCCUCGCAUUUCCCUUAGAAUAGUCCUUGGCGUCAAGCCAUGGAGAAGUUUUAGCAGUUUGACAUUCAUAAAAGGUUGAAGGCAAAUGUUUAGCAUGGCGUCCCGCUGCACGCACCAAUCGCUAUGCUUGGGGACGUGUAAAUCAAAUGUUGGUUCAAAGACUGGGAUAAUGAUUAAUGUGAGGACAAGAUUAAGGAGAUUACCAAAAACCUUAGAUCAUAAAAAUGAUCUACUCCCUGAAAAUGAGGAGUGCCUUUCAAUUGCCAGUGUCUUGUCAUAUUAGAAUUGUGCACAAGUUGGCAAAUCAGAGUGAAUUUUUUGGGACACAUGUGGCCCAGCUGUGACCUGUGAGAAUGAGGCCUAGAGGCUACCUGCUCAGCCAGCCCACUGAUGCAGAGCUUCAGAGCUUCCCCCGGGCUCACCAGCUCCUCACAGUCACCCGGCUAAUCCACCUCCACUCCCACCAGAACUUCACAUACAUUUAGACAAGGCUCAGAAAAAAAGAACAGACGUGUAAUCAAAAUGGGACAGGGAUUGCUCCAAAAUGGAAGUGCAAUAAAAUUAUUUUUUGUCCCGUGUUUAUUUUAUUGAACUCCAAGGUUCACUGCAUUAAUUUGUCAAAGUACUUCAUUUGAGAAAUAAUCAUUAAUCACCCCCCCCCCCCUCACGCUCAGUCUUAUUAAGGUGAUAUUUGCGAUGAUUGAUUCCUAUAUCAUCCUGGAAACCACUCAACAUGGAUAUUCCUCUUGAAGUACAUUUAUGUAAGUACACAUGUAGUAUGUUUGUCAAGCUGUGUUUUCCUAUCUCUUGAGUUUGAAAAGAUGGUCGCAUGAAGAAUCUCCAGUCAAAAGCCUCAUUUAAAAAAAAUGGCUGCCUCUUUGAACAGAUUUGGUAGGGUGGACUGUACAAGAAAUGAGAUUUGUUUAUCCAUGGUGCUGUAAGUGGGAAGAGAUGAAGGAAGUUGACACAUUACAACUAAAGGAAGGCUGCUUGCAAGUUUUAGUUGUAGUUCCUGUGACACUUUAAUGAUUCAAACUAAAUGAAAUAAUAUCGAUCGUGAACACAGGUUUAUCUCUGAGCACCUACCGCUUUCCUCAACCUUAAAGACAAUUUCAGCAUUCUGCUAAGUAUAAUGAGGGUCAUUGUUUAUUUCUUGGCACAUUUUCUGCUUUCAUUCAUUUUAUGUUGUGAAGCCUUUAAAAAUACAACAACUGAUAUGAUGAAUAUUUUAACAUACAUUAUUAUUAUUAUUAUUGUUAUUAUGAUUAUUAUUAUUAUUGUUAUUAUUAUUAUUAUGGGAACUUUAACCCAAUAAGAAGUUGUAUUUCUGCACUGAUACCUAUUAAAGCAUACUGAUCUUACUCUUCUUGGGUCCUGUGUGUUAUAAUCACCUGUAUACCUGUACUGUAAAACUGCAGAAUAAUGAUACAUUCAUCUUGGGUUAUUUAUAGCAAAUAAAGCCUGCUCUUUUUUUAACAACA